UGGGGGGGGAAGCACGCCCUGCUGCCCUCUCGAGUCUCCGCCCCCGCGAGUGGAGAUCGAAGUAGGAGAGAGAAACCAGAGCAGAGGCACAGAAAACGCAAAACCAGACUGGUCCGGGAAGGAAAUUAUCAGCAGAACACAGAAGAGAAAAGACAAAAAGCAGGUACCUCAGAAAUGAGGUCUCAACAGUUCUUUACAGUGCUUCCCAGAGAGAAAUUCUAAGACAACAGCUCAACUCAGAUAACUCGGAGAUUUGGAGGUGAUGUGGAAAACACUCAGAAUGGAAGGCAAACUCCCAUGUCUCCUCUUGUUGGUGGGAGCAAUCAUGACUGCUCAAUGCCAGGGCUUACGCAUGCGUUUCAAACGGGGAGCCAGAUCUAGAGCCAUUUGCAGAGACAAUUCAUCUGGAGAAAUUUACCAGCACAGGGGGACCUGGCUGAGGCUCUCGGGGAGCAGAGUAGAAUACUGUAGGUGCACCAGUGGUCAGAGUCGCUGCCACACUGUGCCUGUCAGAGCCUGCACCAGAAAUAAAUGCUACAAUGGGGGCCAAUGUUCACAGGCAUAUUAUUCCCCACAUCUCUUCAUCUGCCAGUGCCACCAAGGUUUCUCUGGGAAGCAGUGUGAAAUAGAUACUGAAGUCAAGUGCUACAAAGACAUUGGAGUAACAUACAGGGGUACGUGGAGCAUGACAGAGAGCGGAACUGAAUGUUUAAAUUGGAAUAGCGAUGGCUUGAUGGACCGGAAAUACAACGGCCAAAGAGAGGAUGCUGCUGAGCUGGGAUUGGGAAAUCACAACUAUUGCAGAAACCCAGAUGAGGAUUCCAGACCUUGGUGCUAUAUCUAUAAAGGGGGAAAGUACAUCUGGGAACACUGCAGUGUGCCCUCCUGUUCAAAAGUUGGGAACAUGAACUGCAAAUCUGGAAGAGGCACAGAUUACCGAGGAAGCCACAGUGUUACCAGUUCUGGAGCGACCUGUUUGAGGUGGAAUUCCCGAAUCCUCAUCAACAAGUUAUAUACUGCUUGGAGAAGAGAUGCUUACCAGCUGGGCCUUGGUAGUCACAAUUUCUGCCGGAAUCCGGACGACGACAGCAAGCCCUGGUGUCACGUAUUGAAAGGAAAUCGGCUCACAUGGGAGUACUGCAACGUGCCUACUUGCUCCACCUGCGGCUUACGGCAGCGCAGAGUACAUCAAUACAGGAUUAAAGGUGGCUCCUAUGCAGACAUUGCAGCUCACCCGUGGCAAGCUGCCAUCUUUGUGAAGUACCGCCGAGCACCUGGAGAGCACUUCCUCUGUGGAGGAAUUCUGAUCAGUUCCUGCUGGGUAUUGUCAGCUGCUCACUGUUUUGAGGAAGGCUUUAGUACCAAUCAGCUGAAGAUUGUGCUGGGUAGGACUUCCCGAGCAACUCCUGAGGAAAAUGAACAAAAGUUUCAAGUGAAGAACUACACUGUGCAUCAGAGAUUUGACUCAGAAAAUUUCAACAAUGAUAUUGCUCUUUUGCAGUUGAACUCGGAUGCAGAAGCCUGUGCUAUUGAAACAGACACUGUCCGUGCUGCCUGCCUUCCAACACCAGAACUGCAGCUGCCUGACUGGACUGAAUGCGAGAUCUCUGGUUAUGGUAGAAAUGAAGAAUUUUCUCCAUUCUAUUCAGAACACCUGAAGGAAGGCCAUGUCAGACUGUUCCCAGCCAGUCGGUGCACAACACAGCAUCUAGACAACCGGACAGUUACAGACAAUAUGUUAUGUGCAGGAGACACAAGGCACCUUGACGAUGCCUGCAAGGGUGACUCUGGAGGGCCUCUGGUCUGUAUGAAGGAUGAUCGUAUGUAUCUAAUUGGAAUCAUCAGCUGGGGAAUAGGCUGUGGCCGCAAAGACAUACCUGGCGUUUAUACAAAUGUGAAUCGUUAUCUUGACUGGAUUCAGGACAACAUGAAACCCUGAGAAAGAAAAAUGAACUAUCCAUAAUCUUGUGGCCGUGCCCCUGCAGCUUCCUUCUGGGUGCUUUAAGGAUGCUGACAGGGCUUCCUGUUUGUCCAGAUGCUUAUGACUUUCAGUACAGAGGAAGACGAACUGCAGUGUGUGGGAAGGGCACACUCUCAGAUUACUCUCCUUAUUACAGGUUAUCGGAAGCUAACACUCCUUUCUCCCACAUCUCCAAAGCUUUCUCUUUGCAUCACAUCACGAGUACAAUUAAAAAUAAACUUUGGCCCGAGAGAAUAAACCAAGAGAGAAUAUCAU